CAUUAUGGCUGACAGCGAUGAAAACAGUCCACCCUCUUCGCCUGACCCGGGUGAAGAGUGUAGUCCCCGUAUUGUUACUAUAACAAAGACAGAAACUGGAUUUGGCUUCAAUGUUAGAGGGCAGGUUAGCGAAGGGGGUGUUUUGAAAUCAAUAAAUGGAACUCUAUAUGCACCACUUCAGCACGUUAGUGCCGUGCUCGACGGUGGAGCAGCUCAACAAGCUGGAAUUCGUAAAGGAGACAGAAUAUUAGAAGUAAAUGGUGUAAGUGUGGAGGGUUCUACACAUAAACAAGUUGUAGACUUGAUAAAAUCAGGCGGUGAUAAGCUGACACUUACUGUAAUAUCAGUACCAGAUCAAGUUGCAGAAAGACUGGAACCCAGUGAUGAUUCUUCUGGUCCUUCAUACAUUGAUUAUUCUGAAAGACGCUCACUACCAAUCUCAAUACCAGAUUAUCAAACCAUAGAGCAUGCUGGAGACAAAUUUGUGGUGUUCAAUAUAUACAUGGCUGGCAGACAUUUGUGUUCACGACGAUACAGAGAAUUUGAUUGUUUACAUAAUAAAUUAAAAAGAGAAUUUCCAGACUUUAAUUUUCCCAAAAUACCUGGGAAAAAGUUAUUUCAGUUGUCAGAGCAACAGUUAGAUGCUAGACGACGUGGAUUGGAACAGUAUUUAGAAAAAGUAUGUGCUGUAAGAGUGCUAGGAGAAAGUGAUAUUAUGCAGGAAUUUUUAGCAUCUCCAGAAGUUGAUUCUAAUCUCUCUAAUGAUCAAGAGGAAGAUAGUUCAAAUUCUGGUGUAGAAUUAAAAGUACUGUUGCCAGACAGAAGAGUUUCUACAGUGACGAUACGACGGAAUGAUACAGCUGAUCAAGUAUAUGAGGCUGUGGUUGUGAAGUUGAAUAUGUCAGAUAAGGCUGCUUGUUGUUUUUAUUUAUUUGAAACUGUAGAAUAUAAUUUUGACAGAAAAUUGCAACCAACAGAAUUUCCUCAUAACAUUUAUAUACAGAACUAUAGCACUGCCACAGCAACAUGUAUAACGUUACGAAAAUGGGUUUUCACAUUAACACAAGAGUCCUUUCUUAAUUCUGAUGAUCUGGCAAUCAACUUUUUAUAUUGGGAGGCACUGGACAAAGUAAAUACUGGUCAGAUCAAAGCAGAUGAUAAAUUAUAUGAGCUCAAAUCAUUACAAGAAUCUAAUAAAAAAGUAGAGUAUUUAAAAAUUGCACGCCAUUUAGAAGGUUAUGGUGAAGUGAUGUUUCCUCACUGUGCAUGUGACUCCAGGAAGGAUGGUCAUGUGAUUGCUAUAGUAGGAACUAGUUGUUUUAAAUUACAAGCCUGUAAAGCUGAUGGUACAUUAGAGUCACAAUGUAUUGAGUUUCAGUGGAAUGAUAUAAAAGGUUAUGAUGUUGAAGAAGAGGGAAUGACAUUUAGUUUUGAGUAUGAAAGACCAGGGAAGAAAUCACGAGUUGUUCAGAUAUUAACUCCUUAUUAUAUAUACAUGAAAGAUUGUUUUGAUCGCAUACAUGAAGAAAAAGAAAUGGAAGAAUGAUAAUUACCAGAUGAGUAAAUGUUUCAUCAGUGUAUAUCUAGUUAAUGUGUUAUCAUGGUUAUGGCACAUUCAGUCAAGGGCACACAGCUAUUACAUGUGAAGGACCAAUAUCUAGCAGCUUAACAAGUCAUCUGAUGUCUCAUUGGAUAGAAAACUAGACUAAGAUGUCAUCUGUCUUUUCAUUGGUAACAAAAUAGUCAUCUCAUAAGACAUCAAGGUUCUUCCAGAGAUAUAUCAAGCUACCAUGAAAACCAAACUUGGCAUAGUGUUAGAUGAUAGGAGAGAAAUUUGUUCAUUUUGGAGUCACCUUUAUAUAUAUACAACCAAACAAAUGUUCCAUUAUGUAUGCUUGUUUUGGUCAACUUUACUGUAAAAAAAAUCUGCUAUAUACUUUCAACCUUAAUCAAGUCUUAAUUAGUGAAGUACAUCUCAUUAAUAAAAGUAAGUCUUGGUUACAAAAACUAACCAGGCUAUCUAAACACAGGUCAAACAGGGGACAAGAUAAACAAUAAAUUAUUCACAUGUGUCGUAGUAUUCAUAGAUUUCAGUUGUUGUAGUAUAUGACAUAUGUUCAAAAAUCUAUCCCUGCUUAAAAAGGAAUGACAUCAUCUACAAAUAUAUUCAAAUCAUAUAAAAAGGACCAUAGUGUCUUUUUGGUCUGACACGUGUUUGUUUGUUUCUGUCUCCAUUUUCCGAAUAUUUGAAGUACUGUUAACCUUUUUAUUCAUUCUGAUUACAAUAUUAUUUACUUCUUUGGUAUUGCUUAUUUUUUAUAAAAACACAUCUACGCUUAAAUGUUGAGAUUUUAAUUAUAAAGAGGAAACAAGGCAUGGUCUUGUGAUCACGUAUGUAACUACAUGUUUAGGGGUUUGAGCAUUCCUAAUGAACCAAGUUAACCAGAAAAGUACUGCAAUCACAUGAAAUCUAUAAGGCGUUGUUUUCAUUUAAUUUUAACUAUCUUCAUGAUUAAGUCCAACAACAACUCAUUUAUUGUAUGUAAAUGGUGAGGGGGGACUAAGGAACAUAUUAGGUAUAAAGCAAGUAUUUUUUAUAACAAAUUUUUGCCAUUUCAUAAUCUAAUGCAUUCUGGGUAACAUUUUCAAAAGUGUACACCAAAUCAUUGUUAUUGGUUAAAAUUGGGGUCAACAAUUGAAAUUCAACUAACGCUGGACAAUUUUUCAUUUUAGUGUACGUACAAUGAGAUUGCCCAUAGUCCUUUAGAUUCUGCAAAGACCAAUUGUAAUUAAGGAUUAUAAAAGUUGAAAUGUAAAUUGAGGAAUGUAGUGAUUGUUGUGUUGUUUUGUUAAGUUUCCUUAUAUGUGAUUUGUUAUUUAUGCAUAGAAACAAGUCAGGUUCAAAGGAUUUAUUAUUAUUGUAAAUUAUUUAUUUAUUGAUGACUGCUUGUAGAGUGAAAUAUGGCUUAUAAGAUUGUAUAAUCUACUCAAAAGAUUUUAAAUAAGGACUCAAAUUUAGCACAGAUAUUUGGACAGUACCGCUAUUCCUUCUUGCAAUAAUGAAUUGUUACAAAAUUGAAUACUUUUUAUUAGAGAUCAGGUUAAGGUUGGAAAAGGUGAAAAAUACUCAUAUCUGAAGGAAAAAAAUGAUGCUACUGCAAACUGCAAUCCAUUCCAAUUUAGUACUCAACCAAUUUCAUUACAACAUUUUUUCCAUGCAUAUAUCAAUUGAAAAAUAUUAUUGUUUCCCUUCAUCUAUUGUUUAUUACAUAACUUUUGAGAUUUUUCUGAAUGUGGGAUUUUAUGAGCAACAUGUAUUAUGAUAUCUCCAUUUACUGAAGCAGAUUUGUAUAUUUUUUCUUUAUCUUAUCUUGUAUAAUACAAUGUAUAAACUGUGUCCAUCCUUAUGUCUAUCCUUUUGUUCAUUCAUUACUUUCCACCUUUCCAUUAUACAGCUUUUUUUUUUUAACUUUCCAAAAAUUUUAAUUUCCUUGAAACUAUAAAUUCUUAUUUUAUUUAUUGAUCCAAAUGAUUUUGAGGUUCCACUGAAUUAAUUUUUAUUUACAAAAGGGGGUAAGAAUCUUGUUUCUUAUUUGAAAAACACUUAAAUGUAUCCUCAACACAGGACAUUUUAGAGCUUGACAAAUUGUAUGAAUACUUGUCUUUGUUUAACAUAUGAUCUGCGUCAGAUAGAAAUCGACCUUAUGCAAGUAUACGUAGAUAUGUAAAUGCAUAAGACUGAUUGAUUUUGAAACAUUCAUAUUCGAAAUACAAUAAAAAAAAUAAUGAAGUUUUUUUAGCAUUCGAAUAAUAAUUCAACUAUAACACAAAGCCCAAGACUUUCUGUUGAACUUCUUUUCAAAACCAAAUAGGUUAACCAUCUAUUGUGUAAAUUUGCAUAAGGGUGAUUUCUAUCUGACGCGGCUCAUAUGUUGAUCUCUCAAUGUCAAUUUUUGUGUGGAGUUGUUAACUUGUAGGUGUAAGUCCCAUAUCUCCUUAAUUUGCACUUGCUAAAUUUUAUUGAAGUUUGGGAGAAGGUUUUGAUAUAUACUGCCAUUUUGUACAUCCUUUUUCAUGCAAAUAUGUAUUUUCAUUAAACAGAGGAAAACAUAUGUUAUGCCAUAUCUUUUCUAGUUGAAUCCAUGAUUUAUUUAUUGUUUCUUUUAAAAUUAAUUUUAUGAGUUUUGUUUUUUGCUUCAGAAAUUAUAUUAAAGUAAACUUUGUUCAUUAAGCUUCAUGUAAAUAUUUUUUUGCAGAAUGUGAAAUACAAUUAGUUUUGUAUAAUUUAUAAUAUAAGUGUUUCAAUAUUUUAAGACUGAAAUGUAAUUUUGUUUACAUCCAUUGUAUAUGAUAAUGGUAUGCCAAAAAAAAUGGGCGUUUGUUCAGAGCAAUAAAAGUUUAAGAUGAAAUGAACUGAUAAAAUUGGAUAACAUGACUGAUAUUAAAAUAAAAUAUUUUAUAAUUAGUAGAAUCUUGUUGAUUUGAUAAUUAAAAAUAACAUUUAUCUUUCCAUAUUAUAGUCAGUUUAAGUGAUAAUUUAAAGGUCCUAUGUUGAGAACUGAGGAUUUAUAUUUAAUUGAAAAACUGUUCCAAUAAUUUUUUUAAAUUAUAAGGUUUUUCCAAGCUCAUAUAAACAGAUGUUUAUCUUAUAGAAAUGAUGUGCAAUUGAACACAAGCCAAAUGAGCAAUAUAUAUUAUUGAUAUUACUUAAUAAGAUGGAUAAAGAGUAAAUUAAAUUGUUUUGUAAUUUGUUAUGAUUGUUGAAUAGUUAAAAUUGCUGCAGUAUGAUAAAUAAGUUAAUUUGGAGUGCACACCGGUGUGUACACCAUGAUUAAUAAUAAUUACACAGAAAAUAAAGUGCUAUGAAUUUCUUCUUUGUUUGUUUGUAUGUAGUAGAUGUACCAUAUGUUGUACACUAAAAGUGCAAUAAGUUUGGCAUGCCAUAUUAAUUUGUAAAAAAUAACGUUUCUUCAUUUAGCUUCUAUGUAUUUUUGUGUAUUUUUGUAUUCUUUUGAUGUAACUGUACUUAAUCAAGAUGAAUCUUUAAAGUAUUAGGAAUGUUAAGGCAUUAAUCUGAAUUCCAAUUAAGUUCAGAAUUUGCUCAAACUAUCUUUUUUUUCUUCAGAAUUUUACAUUUAUAUUAGUCUACAAGUCCUCAGCUUAAUUUGGUAAAUGAAUGCCAAAUACUUUAGAAUGAUUUUCAUUAUACAUAUUUGGAUAAUGUCAGGCUACUAAAAAAACAUGUAUCAGUUAUAGUUUAUACAUGAGUCUCUGGGAGGACCAAUGGUAUCAGACCCUCAAAACGUUCAAAUACAUAUCAAUAAUUACAUUAAAUGUAUGUUUCGUUAUAAAACUUUAUUUUGACUGGCUAAAAACAAUCUUGUGUCAGUGUUUUCAUGGUCCUAGCAAAAUUGAAUGUAAUUUUAAGUAUUGAAUGCUUAGAUUCUUUCAGUAAUUUUAUAGGGUUGUAAAGUUUUGUAUGUGCACACAUUUUUGCCAUGCUUCAUAGAAAAUGUACUUCGGUCAAAUAAAUUAGCAAAAAGAAGCAUUCAGUUCUUAAAUUAAAACGUUUUUCAUCUUAACGUGGCUUAAAUUUAGGAAGCUUACUGCUUUAGAGAUAACAAGAACAUUUGGCCAGAAUGAUAUUCUAUAUAUUCAUUAUUUAUUUCUCUUGAAAUAAUUUAAUUUUGGAUGUAACACGUCUUUCGAUUGGCUGACGUCGUUUUGUUUAUCAAUUGUUUAAUUGAAUCCAUUGGCAAAGACUCAGAGAUUUUUAAUAUCCUUAAGUAGAUGAAUUUAAAUUUCAACAAAAUGUCUUGUUUUACUUUCUAUAUUUUAUAGUAAUUAGUUCAUGUAAGUGAAGUUUUGUCGUAAUUUAAACAAAAUAUCUUAAUUAAAAAAGCCAUUAAGGCUUAAAAUUUAAUUAAGAAAACUAAAAUAAAAAGUAUUUCUGGCCCUACUGAUUGCAUUAAGGUUUUAUAUUUCAUAUAAUCAUAAUCCUUUUCCAUAAUCCAUCAUAAAAUGAAGUUAAAUUGUCAGAGAGUUUUUUUAUAGCUGAAAAGAUCAAACUUUAUUACAAUUUUUUUGGAAAAACAACCAGUUGUAUUCCGAUUUAUAGUAGAACUCCUAAAUGAGAUGUGCUCACCUAAAUUUUGAAAUUCUUUAUUAUAUGAAUUGAAAACAUCAAAACAGGCAUUUAAUUGAGUUUAAAGGGAAUUUAAGCAUAUAUAUACUGAUUCAAACAAUCAAGUAGUAGAUUAAACUUACUCAUGGCCAUAUAAGUAAAGAGGAGGAGCAUUGGGUCCUCUUGUUCUUAAAAUCUCCCAUGGACAUUUUAUGGGAGAUUUUUAAAAAGUUGGCAAAAGAAGAAUCACUUCACAACUUAAAAAAACACUAUUUGUAACUGUUUUUAAAGAAAUAUCACUAGUAUGAUUAAAUACAUGUAUUCUAGAACAAUAAUCACAAGCACUGGUGCUCUUUAUAUUAACAUAUAUAUAUAUUGUAACUUUGAACUUUUAGCACAUUUCCACACAUAAACAUGAUAUCAAAUUAAGGUCAGAUUCAUUUAAAUAUUAGUAUUCAUAUAUUUGUAUUUUUAUGUUGA